AUGUUUCGCUUCCGCAAGACGCUCGACACUGUGACGGUCUUUCACAAGGCCAGCUCUCCUGCAUCCGUGAGAGUCGCCAAUCUUCUCAAGCAGAUCUCCGCCAAUGCUUCCUCUGAUGCGACUAUUGACCAAGCCAGCGAUCAUUCCGCCCAGACAGCACCCCUUCGUGAACAGUUUGAGCUUAAUAUCACCGAAGACCCCCCCACAGAUGACCAGGUCAAGACCAUUCUGGACUAUGUUGGUACCAGCGGCAUCUCCAAUGUGAUCAAAGGCGCAAGCACUGAGAAGGAUGCCCUUAAGAAGUUUAAGGAAAGCCGAGAGAACUUCAUUCGGCCAAUGGUUGUGGACUGGAACAACGGCAAGGCUGUAUCCGGCGAUAAUGAAUCUGAGAUUCUUAAGCUCCUCAAAGAGCAAAAGUAA